UCAAAUUUUAACUCCGGACCUGAUCAAUUGUAAUCAAGGACAUUAGUUAGAUAAACCGCUCAAUGUAUAUAAAGUGUAAAUUGUUUCAAGCGGUAUUCUUAGUAGUUACUUACUGCUUGUUACAGUUUGGUUCGUGUACAGAAACAUUACAAGAAAACCGAACAAUGGCUCCAGUAGUUGAAAGAGUAGCCCCCAGUGUUGAACUUGGAGAAGGCCCACAUUGGGAUGUCGCCACCCAAUCCUUGUACUACGUGGACAUCUUCGGCAAGGCCAUCCACAGAUACGUACCAGCCACCAAGAAGCACACCAAAGCAAUAAUCGGAACCGGCCCCGUCUCCCUUAUUAUACCGGUGGAAGGACAAAAGGACAAGUACUUGAUCAGUAUCGGACGUACUUUGGCCGUCGUGACUUGGGACGGUGAGAGCGAUAAGGUGUCCGACACGGUGGUACUGGCAGAAGUGGACAACACUCCGGACACCCUGGACAACAGGUUCAACGACGGAAAGUGCGACCCCUCCGGUCGCCUGUGGGCAGGUACUAUGGGAGGAGAACCCGUUUUGGGACAAGUAAAACAGGAAAAGGCGGCACUAUUUACGUUGGACAACAAACAGAUCAAGACCCAUCUCACCAAAAUCGGCAUCUCCAACGGCUUAGCCUGGACUCCGGACAACAAAACUAUGUACUACAUCGACUCCCACAAAGGAUACGUGGAGCAAUUCGACUUCGAUAUCAAUAAAGGAACAAUAUCCAACAGCAAGAUCAUCUUCACACCAGCCAAGCACGGAAUCGACGGAGCUUUGGACGGUAUGACCAUUGACACAGAUGGUAACCUAUGGAUUGCCAUCUUCAACGGCUACAGAGUAAUCCAAAUCGACCCCAGAAAACCCGAGACGUUACUUCAGACCAUCCCCAUUCCAGCUAAACAAACAACUUCUGUGGCUUUUGGUGGUCCUAACUUGGAUGAAUUGUACGUAACCAGUGCUUCGUUCACGGUUGGAGGCGUUGAAUUGCCCCCACCUGAUCAUGGAGCUACCUUCAAGGUGACAGGAACUGGUGCCAAAGGAUAUCCAGCUGUCAACUUUGUAUUCAAGUAUAUUCUAGAAAUGGUUCCAAUGAUAGAAAAGAUUGCUCCAAAAUGUACAUUGGGUGAAGGGCCACAUUGGGAUGCAGCAACCCAAAGUCUUUACUAUGUAGAUGUUAUGAAAAAAGCAAUUCACAAGUAUGUUCCAUCUACAAAAAAACAUACUCAAGUUGUUGUGGGGCCUGACAAUACAUCUAUAGUUAUACCAAUUGAAGGCAAACCAAAUAAAUUCGUUGUCACCACCGGUAGAAAACUGGCUGUUGUCACAUGGGAUGGCCAAAGUGACAAGAUAUCAGAUAUAGAAGUAUUGGCUGAGGCCACUUCUGUUGGACCAUUCAAUGACGGAAAGUGCGAUCCUUCUGGUCGUCUGUGGGCAGGAACAUUGGGUCAUCCUAUUGACAAAUUAGAAGUAAAAAAUGCCAAUGGAUCUUUGUAUAGUUGGUCAAAUAAUGAGCUUAAGGCGCAUUUGUCUGGAAUAUCCAUUGCCAAUGGUUUAGCCUGGAGUAUGGACAAAACUUUGUUUUACUACAUUGAUAGUAGCAAAGGAUAUGUUGAGCAGUUUGACUUCGAUGUCAAGAAUGGAAAGAUUUCAAAUGGAAAAGUAAUAUUUACACUUGCCAAACACGGAUUAGAAGGAAUUUUGGAUGGUAUGACCAUCGAUACCAAUGGCAAUUUAUGGAUAGCUGUUUUCAAUGGUAGUUGUGUUAUUCAAAUUGAUCCCAGGAAACCGGAAACUUUACUAGAAACGAUUGCGAUGCCAGUUAAACAAGUUACAUCGGUCACUUUUGGUGGUGCAAACUUAGACGAGCUUUAUGUUACAAGUGGAUCGUGGUCUAUUGAUGACGAAGAUCUUUCAGCUCCAGAACAUGGGGCUACUUUUAGAAUAACCGGGUUGGGGGUUAAGGGAUUAACAGGAGUCCCAGUAAAAUUAUAAAGCGUUUUAUUGAUUUUAACAGAAUCCAAAAUUUCCUAAUUAAUUUUUAUUGUUAACUAUGGUUAUACUCGUAUAUUAUAGAUUAUGGAUUAUG